UGGCGCGGCGGUCUGAAAUUGAUAACCUCUUUUUUAUAACCGGUUAAAAAAGUUAGUACCAUUCAACAAGGGGUGAUAAAGAUGCAUGGGUCAAAGGUAAAAAAAAAUAAUUACAUUCCUGUUGCUAGGCAACAUCAAGCACAACAAACAAACACUCAAAACAAAGCAUGUUCAACAACAUUAUGUGAUUCUCAAUAUACCUUUCCUUUUGUGAAUAAAGUCGCGCGGAAGUUUAAUAAAAAUGGCAGGGAAAACGUCCUACGAGCCUCACCACAAUUUCCCGAAAUUGGCAGAUGAAUCAGGGUUCGCAUUUAACAUGCACCGUCCACGCGCUCACGUUGACUGGAAUAAAAUUAGGUUAAUUGAUAUAGAUAGCUUGGUAAGAGAAAGAAAGUUUGUUCUUAUUGAACAACAUGUAAAUGAUAUACUAAACUGCGCAUUGGAAUCCGAAUUUGACAUUAGAAUCCUUAACGAGGGCGUUUUGAAGCUGUUCCGACUAGCACAAUUAGCGAUAGAAUAUCAACAGUUCUGUCGCCACUAUCUUGAUAAAAGUAUCUUCGUUUUAAAAGAAGAAAUCUCGUCACUGAUUCAGGAACUUGAAAUUACUAAGAAGGAUCUUCGAGAAAAAGAUGAGGAGAUAAGAAAACUUAAAAGGAAAACAAAACAUUCUUAUAGAACUUUACCUUAUGGAAAUGAUAAUAUAGCAGCAAUGAUUUUAAAAACGCUAUCACAGAAAAGUGAUUUGUUUCCAUCGACAUCUAACUGUGAUACUUAUCAAUACAAUAGGUGCAGUUUUUGUGAUAAAGUAUUUCUAAACCAAUUAUAUUUAAAAAGUCACAUCUCCAGGCGCCAUGAAAAUGCUGAAAUACCACAAAGAGAUAUCACAGAUAAUGGAAAUAAUGAGAAUAGGUUAAGUGAAGAAAUAACUGAACUUAAGACAAAAUUGAAGGAAAUGGAGUCUUUAAUAAAAGAAAAUAAAAGUUUAAGUCAAGACGCUACAGCGAAUUUUUCUGUUGACAAUGGUAUCAAAACAGUAAACAAAAUGACCGAUUCAGGAGUGGGUAAGGACACCGAACCAAAUAAUGAAAAUAAUUCGAAAACAAAAACAAAGGAUGCGGAAGUUUCAACAAACAAAGAUGAUUAUUUACUCGAUAAAAUAGAGGAAUGGAAAAAGGAAGAACAUGAGAAAUACAAUAAAGAAAUAAAUCUUUUGCGUACACAAAUUUUGGAUACAAUCAGUUCCUUAAAAGAUAAAGAAACAAAGUCAGCUAAUCAAAAUGAACCAAAUGUUACCGAAGUACUGCACAAAACGAUCUGCGAACAAGGAACUGAAAUUAUAGCAUUAAGAAAUGAGUUGAAUAAUUCUAAAAUAAAAUCUGAAAAUGAAAAUGUUCAACUACGUAAAGAAGCCGAAGAGCAAUUGGCACUUUGGACUAAACGCUUAGAAGCCCAAUCCAAGCAACAUGAAUUAUUGCUACAAAAAUUAAACAAUGUCGCAAAAGAAGCUCUGGAGUCAAGAAAACAAGCUGAAAGAGAAAAAGAAAGAGCUGAAUACUUACAACAAGUUUUGCAUGAAAGUAUUAACAAUAAACAGGAAGACCACUCGAGUGAUGAUAAUGCGAUCCCAAUUAACAAACGUGUAAAGAAUAAAAAAACUGAAAAUCUGUUAAUUACCAAUUCCGUUAAAAAGCAAUCAAAUCAGACACCAGACACUACAUCAAAUUUUAGAACUGUAUCGGAUCGUAAGUCAUUAGAAAUACUUCAUCAAAAAGCUCAAGAACUGUUAAAUUUAGAAAGGAUUAAUUCAAGUUCUUCUGAUAUAUCCAGUGAGGAACAAUUUGCAAAAACAAUCCAGCUAAAGAAACCAUUAAACAAUCCUACAAUUUUGUCAGAUAAUGUCAAUAGUAAUCAAAAGAAGAAACAAGUAAAGAUUAAUAAAUACAAAGAACAUACAAAGUCAAAUCACUUAGAAAAGCUACAAGGAGAUUCUCAGAAGAUUCUUAAAUCGAAAGAAGAGAAAAUUCAAAGCAAACAACCAUUAUUAACAGAUACGGAAAAAAAAGGCCAAAUUGUCAUUCCAAAAAGCCCAAUAAAAGUCGUGAGAGCAAAAAUAACAGAGGAGGUGAAUAAUCGCAUAGUAUCAGCAGGCAUGGAUCCACUAAAACUCAGACUUUCUAAAAAUGUCUUCCAUAAACAAAGGCUUGUUUUACAACAACAAGAAGAACUAAAAGCCAAGAAAAUCCCCACUCGUGAAAAUGUCAAGCAUUCUAUUUUAGCUUAUUUAGAUGCAGCGGUAUCAAACAAAGACAUUACAAUGCCAGUGGAUUACACUUCUCCAAAUAAAGAAUCUAAAACAAUAAAAUUGAAAUCUGUUUUGUCUAAUGUAAAAAGUAAAGCCCUGUCAUUAGUAAGGACCACUGAUGGUCAUCUGAAAUUUAAACAGAAAAUGCUGCAACCAGAAGCAGUAAGAAAAGAAAAAAUAAAUGGAGAAGUUACCAAAAGAGCACUGGCUCUAUUGAAGACUCCUCCUGGAUCUGCACAUUCAAGCCCAACGAUGCAUAAAAACAGUGUUAAUGAAGAGGAAAGUAUAUCAGGAUGGCACAAUAAUAUCAUUAACGUAGAUAAGCGUAAAUCUGAUUCUGUGAAAGAAAAGAUAAAGAAAACCUUAAUUCAAACCAAAAGUAUAGUACACGAUGACACCAGCAACAGUGAUUCUAUCGAAAGUGACCAAAAGCAUUACAAAGAAGGUAAUAAAACUUCAAAAUCAAUAGACAGUUUAAUCAAAUCACCUGCGCGGAGACCAGCUUCUGCAGAAGUGGAUUAUAAACAUAGCCUAAAUAAAUAUAUCAUAAAGAAUGACGACAUGGCCCUAACACGAACACAAUCAGCGGUAAAUGUCGCGAGUGAUGUAACUUCGAAUAAAAACGAAAUACUUAUAAAUGUUGAACAUGAUAUGAAUGGAGAAUCACGAAAAGAUAUAGAUAUAAAACGUGCAAACUCUGAUGAGAAUAUGCAAAAUAGCGUGAAGCAAACGAAGGGAGUCUUGAAAAAUGCAUCAUCAACAUCUUCUUUAAACAAAAAGAAAGUGUUAUUUGAUAUGGAUGCAAUACAAAUGAAGUCAGUAAGCGCAUCACCUUCUCAGAGCAUUACUGAGAAAAGUGAUGGCAAAGAGAACUACGAGUUGGGGUUAAUUAAUCUAGAUGGUGAAGAAUGGGAUAUAUCAAGCAUCGAAAAUGAGCCUCUUAAAAACGACACCAAAAUUCAAGUCAACAACCGAACUAGUCCGAAAAUCGCUGAAUUAAAGGAAACUAUUGAGUCCCAAUUAGCGCGGCGAAACGAUACACCAUCUACAGUGAGAGUCGGAGGAGUGGACAUAGCUGGCCCCAUGGUGAGGGUUGCGUCGAGUAUCGGCGGUAGUAACACUAGUCUUGGGAGUUCAAUACUGGACGAGUCAGACAGCAUUCCAGCGCCGAAUCAUAGAGCCUUUGUCAAACCAAAAAAUAUCCCACAGAAAGAUGACAGCGAAGUUGAUAUUUCAGAAUUUAGCAUCGACGGAACUGGAUAUAAGAAUGAAUCGUUUUAAGUUAAUACAUUUAAGUAUAUACAAAUUUUACAUAGGUAUUAUGAACGUAAGCAAUUUUGUACAUGAACAGUAUGCACACUAUUUUUGUAUUAAACACUGGU